AUGGUGUCUGGAUGGGGUGCAGAGCUAGGCGAUGUCAGUCUGCUGCGCAGGAUGCCCAACGUGGAGGUGCUGGCACUCAGUAUAAACAAGAUCCGCACGCUGGGAGACUUCGCGGGCUGCCGGCGACUGCGCGAGCUAUACGUCCGCAAGAACGAGAUCAGCGACCUGCACGAGAUCCGCCACCUCCGCCACCUGCCCGAGCUGACCAGUCUGUGGCUGGACGAGAACCCGUGCACCACACACCCACACUACCGUAUGACGGUGCUCAGGAACCUGCCCAACUUGGAGAAACUGGACAAUGUGCCCGUACAGCCUGAUGAGGUGCAGGAGGCGAUGCGGCGCGGUCUACACAUCCCCGACUCUGACGACGAGGGAUACCCGCAGCAGCAAGAGAGCUACGGCCAGUACCGGCGGCAGCGCUCGUGUGAGUCCAGCCCGGAACGAGAACCUGAGACUUACUCCGCGCGACCACCGCCCAGGCAUGAGGGCAGCGACAGCUCGGAGGCGGGCGCCGAGCCGGGGGAGCCCGCCAGGGACGCGCAGUGGACGGGGUCCCCGACGCGGCACGAGGACGAGCGGUACGAGCACCCCGCCAUGACGCGCUCGCACUACGACGCGCGGUCCCCGGACGCGAGCUCGCUGCGGCACUCGCUCUCCAUGCACAGCGUCAAGGAGUACGGGUAUGGAUCUAACGGCGAGUGUCGGUACCCGGCGGCCAGUGGCGUCACGUCGCCGCCCUACCACGACAACUACUGCGACCGGAGCGACAGGUCGGAGUCGUGCGGCCAGAUGUCGCAGCGCGGCAGCGGCGAGGCGUGGGACGAGCGGGCGCGCGCGCCCGACAGGGACAGGGACAUCCCGCGGGACAAGGACAGCGCGUGCCACUACUCCGCCGUCAUGCAGGAACAUCGCGGCUUCACGCGGAGACCCGUCGCGCGGAACUCGAACCUGCUGUCUGCGGUGCUGUGCCUGGUGAAGGAGCUCGACUACCCGAGCCUCGAGGUCGCGGAGAUGGCCGUCAGAUGUCGUAUGGACGAGCUGGCCAACGCGCAGUGACGUCGCGCGGCGCCCCCCGCGCCCCCGCCCCCGCCGCCCGC